UUAUUAUAAGAUAUUUUUUUUUAUGUGAAAUAAAAAUUAACAAGGAUACGAAAAUUUAUAUUAAAAUUAUAAUAAUAUAACACAAAUUCAAAAAUUAAUAUUUAUUAAUAUGGAAAGCAUGAAAGAAAAAAAAAUAAGGAAAACAUGGAAAAAACCAGGGGCGAUUUGUGGUGUGCCUGGUUGCUCAAAUUAUAAAAACAAAAAUAUUUCUACACAUAAAAUUCCUCAAGAUGUAAUAAAGUGCAAAAAUACUUUGAAGAAGUGGUCAAUGGCACUUAAAAUGGGUAAACCAUUCCCAAAAAAUUUCAGAAUAUGUUCAGUUCAUUUUGAAAAGAGAUUUUUUCGUCAAACUGGAGCUUCUGUACGUAUGAGCAAUAGAGCUUUCCCGACAUUAAAUUUGCCUAAAUCUUUAAUAGGUAUGAAAAAGUUAAAAACAUCUAAUGUGGAAAGAAAAGAAAAAACUCUUAAACAGGGAAAAGUUAUAGAAGCUGUUUUACAAAAUUCAGCUCAAGAUUAUGACCCAAGGAAUGAAUCUUUUAGCAUUGACAGUUCAUUAAUAAAUCAUAAUUCUACACAAUGCGAGCAGAUGGAAACUGCAGAUAAAUCAAUUCAAACUCAAAAAUUUGAAUAUAUUGAUUUUUCUUCUACAUGGGACACUUCCGAGAAGUUGAUGGUAAUGACGGGUAUACCUAAUUUUGCAUUGUUAGAUGAUUUUAUUAAAGCCUGCUGCGAGUUAGAAGCUACAGAUAAAUCAUAUAUCAGCAUGAAAAUCCGAAUUUUAUUAACAAUGCUUAAAUUAAAAACAAAUAUGACUUUUCAGCAAGUGGCAAUUAGCUUCAACAUAUCGUCCAAAACGGCGAAAUUAUAUUUUAGUGACACUAUUCAGCUUCUCAGUAAAGUGUUACAACCUGCCAUUAAUUUUUUGCCUACAAGAGAAGAAUACACGAAAAACUUAACUACUUGUUUCACUAAUUUUCCUAAUACGGCUGUUAUUCUUGACUCUACAGAAGUAAAGAGUGCUGUAUUUAGACAUUUAAAAUCUAAAAAAAGUUUUGUCCAGGUCAAGCAAUUUAAAGUGCUUUCAGAAAAGCUGCCCUUGCAUCUUCUUCCAUUCAUCAACAAUAUUUUGACUGUUAUUUGUGGAAUUUCAAAUUUAACAAACCUGAAAAAUUGUGAUCAAUAAAAUUGUUCUUUGAUAAAUAAAAUUGUACUUUAAUUUUACACAUAA